GGAGAGAAAACCAAUAAAUGGCUUGACCGUUUCACCAAAGAAGUGAAUCUCCAUCGAGCAGUCCGAGCUGAAGCCGACAGAACAAGACGUCACAUGGUAAGCAGCUAAAGAGACGUUAACGAGCGUUCUUCAUUAGCCAUUACGAGUAGAAUAACAGUGGUUUCUACGUCAUUAGACAACCCUCACCCAAAAGCAGACUAGUUUGAGUUGCUUAGUUUCGCUGCUCCCAAUUUUGGAUUCAGGAGCGCGACAACGCUGCAGCCAAGAGCGCUACCAUUUGGUGUUACACUUCCGAGCACAAUUCUUGAGACCUCUGAAUAGGAGAGAUGGAUACGAAAUUUCUCUUCAUCGUCGGAUUGUUUUUCAUAGCCAAUGGCGUCAUCGCUCAAAUAGCCAGUGGACAACGCCAAACCGGGCAAGCAUCCCCCUGGGCUUGGGCGUGCCGAACUGGCAGGGGUUGUGUUAAAGUGGCAAAAGAUUCGCCUGUACAAGAAGGAGAUAACAUGGACAACCCAACACUGGCAGGUUGUAAAUUGACUUGCAAUGACGAGUCGGUGCUAUGGCCAAAACCCCGCGACGGAAUCUAUCUAUCAAAAACCCUUGUGUCUUUUCUUCCGACCGACAUCCGCACCAAUCGAAUCAACGCACCAAGUUCCGAGGUUAAGUCGUUGACGAAUGAAGCGAUUACAAUAUUCCGUGACGUCAUCAACAAGAGUAUUCCGGAGGCAUUCCGGAGUCGUAGCCAAACAGCAAAAGAACAACAGCGGCCGCAAAUUAAUAUUGUAGUGUCUAUCACAUCGGGUGAGGCAAGACUCGGGAUGGAAACGAGUGAAUCUUAUAAUUUGUACGUGUCAACAAAAUUCGCAACUGUGGCUGCACCAAAUAGUCCGUCCAGUACUACAACCGUUACCAUCACGGCUCAGACUUUUUUCGGAGCUCGUCACGCCAUUGAAACUUUAUCGCAAAUUAUGGCCUGGGACGAUAGUCUGGAAUCGAUGAUUAUGUUGACGGCUGCCAACAUAUCCGACUCGCCAGCCUUUGUUCACCGCGGUCUUCUCAUCGACACUUCGCGUAAUUUUGUCGCCGUUCCAGUCAUCAAGAAGAUUAUCGACGCCAUGUCCUACGAUAAACUGAACGUAUUCCACUGGCAUCUGACUGAUACGCAUUCCUUCCCGUUCGUGUCAACUCGGGAGCCACGACUUGCGCUUUACGGAGCGUAUUCCCCCUCAAAAGUGUACCGCCCUGAAGAUAUCAAAGAAUUGGUCCACUACGCCACGGUUAGAGGAGUCAAGAUCGUUCCGGAAUUUGACGCACCAGCUCACGUUGGCAGCGGAUGGGAGUGGGGCGAACGUGCUGGGAUGGGCCAGUUAGCUCUUUGCGUCAAUAAAGAACCAUGGCCCACAUACUGCGUUGAGCCACCUUGCGGAAUCCUGAACCCAGUCAACGAUAACAUCUACUCCGUAUUGAGCAACAUCUACCAGGAUAUGAAUGAUUUAUUCCAGAGCGAUAUUUUCCACAUGGGUGGCGACGAGGUGAAUUUCAGUUGCUGGAACGAAACCACUGAAAUUAUCGAUUGGCUGAGGGCUCGCGGCCGAAAUGACUACAGCAAAGAGGAUUUCCUAUAUCUCUGGACCCACUUUCAGAACCGAUCUCUAGAAGAAGUAGACAAAGCUUACGGCAAUAAACAACCCAUCGUUUUGUGGACCAGCGGCCUGACAGAGGAUGGCCAUGCCGACAAAUUUCUGGACAAGGAAAGAUACAUCAUUCAAAUUUGGACAACGGGUACUGACCUGAGUAUCGCUCAACUUUACCGCCAAGGCUUCAAGUUAAUCAUGUCAAAUUAUGACGCAUGGUACUUUGAUUGCGGGUACGGGCAAUGGGUUGGUGAAGGGCCCAACAAUUGGUGCUCACCCUACAUCGGUUGGCAAAAAGUUUACGAAAACAGCCCACGAAAACUUAUCGUCAAUUUCAACGAGACAUUCAAUAGUCAACAAAUUCUAGGCGGGGAAGCCGCCAUCUGGUCUGAACAAGUUGACGGAGCAGCUAUCGAAGGGAAACUAUGGCCUCGUAGUUCAGCUCUGGCUGAAAGACUGUGGACUGACCCGGACACAAACUGGCGCGCUGCCGAGCACCGCAUGAACCACCAUCGUGAACGAUUGGUUCAACGUGGAAUUCAGGCAGAUGCCCUUCAGCCAGAAUGGUGUCAUCAAAACGAUGGAUACUGUUUUCUAUAAAGAGAGAAAAAAUGCUGUGUUUCAAUAGAAAACAGAAACCUUCUUGGCGAUUGUAGUCGAUUUUUUUCUUAAAAUUUAAUCGAUUGACUCAAGCUAUGUGCACUGGUUGCUGUAUAGUGUUCAAUAAAAAAAAAAUAAACAGGACAGCAGAACUA